AUGGUCGAUCUGGAAGAUUUCGUCGCCGCUUUCUGGGAUAACAAAGAUGCUAAAACGGCGCUCUCGAAAGUGAAUUUGAAAGCUCUCACCAAUUUGCGACAGAGGGUCCGGAAAUAUGUGAAAGAAUUUGAACAAAAGAUAGCGGAGUAUCGCGAAAGCCCUGAUCCGGCUGGUUAUGAAACCCCAGAGGAGGAAGAAGAGGCCGAUGAGUCGGGCAAUGAAGCCGUUGAUGUAGCGCCUGCAGGAAAGGAUAAGAAAAAAGACAUGAGCAGUGAUAGCGAGAGCGACUCAGACUGGUCUACAGACACCGAUUCGAGCGCCUCUGAUGUUGAUGCAGACUUUGGAUCGAAAAUGGAGGCAUUGAGAAGACAUUUCCUGAAGUACGCUACACUUGAUCUCGUUGAUGACGAAGAGGAUGACGGUGGUGAAUGGACGCCAAUCACCAAAGAGAAGCAAGUUCAAUUAUUCGAACCAAAACAAGAAGUCACGCAUGAAGCAAUGAUCGGUAAGUUGACCGAAGUGAUGGCUUCACGUGGACGCCUUGGAACGAAUAGAAAGCAGCAUGUUCGUUUACUGCAAGAAUUGUACAAGAUUGCAGAGGAGAAGAAACUUGGAGUUGGAAUUUCCGUGAAAAUUCUGUUCAAUAUUAUUUCGUCACUUUUCGAGCUGAACACCAAGAUUAGCGACUUCAUGGAAUUUGCAAACUUCAAUAAGUGA